AUGGGUGAGAUGAUGAAGACAGUGGUGCGCUUCCUGUUGUGCCUCCUCAUCCUGAGGGUGGCUGUGGCUGUGCCCUCAAGACUGAGACGGCAGGUGGAGCUUGACACAUAUGACUCUGCUAACUAUGACGUGGAUCUGGACAGUCUGAACUUGGAGAACCAUGACAUCUACGACUACGACGAUGAGCUGACCAUUGAUGAGCCACAGAUAGAGAUCGGGACAUUGGCCCCCAUGGUGGAUGGAUACCACGACCCUGCUGCCUCCCUGGAGGAGGAGGAAGAGGAGGAGGAACAUGAAGAGGAGGAACAUGAAGAAGAGGAGGAUUAUCACGAAGAAGUAGAAGAGGAGGAGGUGCCAGUGUAUGAGGAAGAGGAGAUUCCUCUGAGACCACAGCCCCCAAUCUCAGGGGUGCUGAUGGGCCCAGACACACAGGGGGGUCUACCCACCUGUCUUCUCUGUACCUGCAUGGGGGGCUCCGUGUACUGCGACGAUACAAAGCUGGAGUCAAUCCCACCACUGCCCAAAGACACCACUCACUUCUACGCCCGCUUCAACCAAAUAAGCAAGAUCAACAAGGGGGACUUUGCUCACAUGAACAAGCUGAAGAGGAUCGAUUUGACCAGUAACGAGAUCUCCCAGAUCGACAGGGAUGCGCUCGUCAAACUGCCAGUGCUAGAGGAGCUGCUGGUGAGGGAGAACAGCCUGGCACAGCUGCCCCCACUGCCCGCCUCCAUGACCCUCAUCGAUGCCAGCCACAACAGGCUGGGCAGCCGAAGCAUCCAGAGAGAGGCCUUCAAGGAUAUGACCAACCUCCUAUACCUCUACCUGACCGACAACAGCAUAGACCAUAUUCCCCUGCCACUGCCCCACAGCCUGCGCUCCCUUCACCUGCAGAACAACAACAUCCAGAUGAUACAUGAUGACACUUUCUGCCACUCGAAAGAUCCCAGCUAUAUUCGCAAUGGAUUGGAGGAUAUUCGACUGGAUGGCAACCCAGUCAACUUGAGCAAGACCCCACAGGCGUACAUCUGCCUGCCCCGUAUGCCCAUUGGGAACCUAAUCUAA